GUCCAAAAUGGAGAUGGUCGGAAUGAUGUCCACGUCCUCGGGUCUGUCUUACCACAAUGCCGGAGACUAUUACCCCAGAAAGUUCGGCACGAAGCCGGACGUUGUGCCGUCUGGAGUCACCGAGAGGAAAGUGGGCCCGCUGGAUAAACCGGAUAUGGUGUCGGUGGAUGUCAUUAACGUCAGUGAUUCAGAUGUCCACUUGCACAGGAAGAAGCAUGAGCACGAAGCAUACGUCUUGGGCACCAUUCAUCCAUUCAGGAAGACGCACAAAUCCUUCUUUGGAAAACUCCAACAAGAAUUCAGACUGGUCACCUCAGAUAGGCGGUCGUGGAGGAUCCUGCUGUUCGGGGCUCUCAACCUGCUGUGUACCGGCUGUCUGCUGAUGUGGUGCAGCUCCACCAACAGCAUGGGUGAGCGCACACACACACACAUAAAAAAAAAAAAAAAACACAGUGACUGAUAGACACAUGCAAACUGACACACACAGACAGAUGUACACCAAAAAAAAACCUCACACUUUGAGACUCUGCCAGACAUUAACAGGCGGAGAUACCCGUCUACACACAGUAAACACAGAUUGACAGUUACACACACUUUAACACGUGCACGCAGAAGCGUGUGUGUGUGUGUGUGUGCGCGCUGCAGCUUUAAGCACACACUGAACAAGUCAAAGUGUGUUACCAGUGUUGUCUCACCACAGGGGUUCAGAUUGAUCCUGCUGCUGAUGUGUGCGUGCUCGUGCACGUGUGUGUGUGUGUUUGAGGGGGGGGGUCACCUCACUCAAAAUAUGGCACUUUAAAGGGCAUGUUGAAGAAACCGAGUCCUUCACAGCGUCUGUUUUUAGCCUCUGGUGCUACAACACAGAGAACACAUCUGUCAUAUUGACGGACAUGUUGUUUCUUUUUUUCUCUCUUCAAAUAUCUCCAGCAGAGCAGGAGAAUAGCACAUUUAUAAAAGGUUUCUGGUUUAUAAUAAACUCUACUCUUAUUUCUUAAAUCAUCAUUUCUAUUAGUAAUAAUAAUCUUGGACUCAUCAAAGUUUGACUUCCCAGAAACGGAAGCAUUCAGGAUCUCAUUAGUCAAAUGUAUAUGGAAGAGAACAUGAAGGAUAACGGUAAAAUGAUUAUUAUUGUUAUUAUUUGAAUAUUGUUCGUCUCUGGCUCCCACAACUAUCAGUGUUGGUCCUCACUGUGAGUGUUUGUUUGUUUUAUCUCGUGAGCUCUGUGUGUGCAGAGCAGCGGCACUUAAAACCAUUUCUCUGCCUCAGCUGAGCUGUCCACUGGUUUCGCUCUGGACGAUGUGACACGCUUAUAUUUAGGAGGCAGAAACACACACAUACACAUUUAAACUAGCAUACAUGGAGUGUAUUGCAGUGAUUGCAGGUACGCAAGGCCGUGGGAGAAAUGUGCAGAUUUUAAGGUUAAAGAGAAGUUACCUGUUGGGGGGGAAAAGUGCAAAUUUCAUAUUUCAGUGUCUGACUGUCUCUCUGCCCGUCUGUGGAUGUGGUGAGAGUCCUGCAUACAGCUGUGCAGGGAGACAGCUGUGCAGGGAGACAGCUGUGCAGGGAGAGGCAGUGUUUAUGGUCAGCGAGGCUCGUGUCCGCCACCAACAUUAAACCCUCUCAGGGAUUCCAUCACUCAGGAAAAUGCUGCCACGAAAAGAACAACAUGCAACCUUAUCCCCGCUCACUCUGCCUGCAAAUACUGCAGCAUAAGCCACACACACACAGCGGUGGCGUCGGGUGUCGUGCAGACAGGAAGCGAAGGACAGAGGUAUUGAAGAAGCGGGGGAAGGCGACCCCUCCGUCGAUACUCGGCCCCCGAUGAGAACAACCGGAGCAGACAGCGGCCCCGUCUCAACACUAUCAGUCAGAUUCCUCCUCAUGUAUUAAGUCUCCUCCGCUCACUUGAUCAGUACUCCAGUAUUUACACAUUCAGAAGUCCGUCUGCUACUUCAGUAUUUCCAUUUAUCUGACAGAUUUAAUGAUGCUGAGAUAAUGACGAGUGAUGCGUUAGUGUAUGAAAAGUCAAAGUGUUAAAUUUGAGGAUUUUUUUGGGUGCCACGACAAAACCAGUGAGUGCAUUUUGAUAGUUUGUCCAUGUUGCUCACCCUUAAAAUCCAAUGAAAGUUGAAUGUUUAAACAACGGAUACAGAGCAAGUGGAAUAUUCAAAAUAAUAACCUUUAUUUAAAAGAUAACCGGCAAAGCCGUCUUAACUAAAACUAUAACACUCUCCAGUAUUACUCAAAUCCAGUCAGACAACACUGUGGGGACAUCGACUAAAUGGUGUUUGAACUAUUUAAUUAUUUUCAGUGCCAAAUCUAUUUCCAAUGAAAAUAAUACAUUUGAUGUUUGAGUUGUACAGUUUUUUUUAAUCUUUGUUAAAUCAGCCAUUGAUUCAGUUUCUUGUGCGAUGGGCUGACGGACCCGUCUGCUCUGCUGGAUUGUAAACAAACUGGACCGAGUGUCAUUAUUCUCAUUCAGCCUCAGCCGUCGAUCCCACACACACCGACAGUUAGAGCAGUGAGCUCAUGUGUCUCGGUAUGGCUCUGUGUACGCUAUGUAUGUGGACAUCCAACGCCUCCAGUGCAGUUCCACUUUUAGUUUAAAUGAAGCAUAACCUUCAUAGAAGUUUGUCCCCACACACACACACACACACGUGUCCCUUUUCAUAUGUGCAGACUGUACAUGCCUGCAAUCUGCUGCAGGAACACAUGCAUGGAAACACUCAUUUGUUCAUGUGAAUAUACUGUGUGUGUGUGUGUGUGUGUGUGUGUGUGUGUGUGUGUGUGUGUGUGUGUGUGUGUGUGUGUGUGUGUGUGUGUGUGUGUGUAGUCACGCUGGUCCUCUCGUAUCAAAUUGUGCAUUGGACAACUGGAUCAGCUUUCAGUCUUACAAAGCAAAGACAUCAGCUUUUUGUCUCACCGGACCAAACACACACACACUCACACACACACACACAGCAGUUUAAGCAUCUGUGUCUGUCCAAUAGUCUGUCUGUUUCCUUUUUUUCUCCCUCACUCCAAUGAUCACAGACAGCCCACUCCUUUGUGUCACUUAGACCCAUGUCUUCCCCUUUCUCUU